UUGCCCGCGCCUCCUUCACAACACUCAUCUCACACUAUCCCCCUGCCACACAUUUUUCGCUCGUUAAAAAUCUACCACCAUUAUCACCAUCAACAACAUAAAAUCUUCUUCGCCGUCAACUCCUCUCACUUCGUGGCCGAGUUUUCAAGGUGAAAACCGAAGAUGCCACUGCCAAAGGGAGGCAAGCCUAGUAAAAUUGUCUAUCCUCCAAAUUGCAAAGAGGUAUCGGAGGAUAUUGGAAAAGAUGAACUUGUUCGAAGACUUAAGAUGUUGGCCAGAGUAUUCCAAGACAUGGGGCAGGAUGAAAAUGAAAAAUACUCUGAACUAGCAUUACAUCUUGCCACUGAAUUUUUCUUCGAUCAUGCCAGUAAAGAUGUUCGUCUGCUUGUGGCAUGCUGUAUUGCCGAUGUUUUCCGUAUUUUUGCUCCUGAGGCUCCGUAUAGAGAUCCAGACCACUUAAAGGAAAUUUUCAUGUUCUUAGUCAAACAACUACGUGGUCUAGAAGAUCCUGAAUCUCCUUCCUUUAAACGUUAUUUCUAUUUGUUAGAGAAUCUUGCAUGGGUGAAGUCUUUUAACAUCUGUAUUGAACUGGAAGAUAGUCAAGAAAUCUUCUGCAACUUGUAUAAACUUAUGUUUUCAAUUAUCAAUGAAAAGCAUUCAGCAAAAGUUCGUACAUUCAUGUUAGAUAUGAUGGUUCCUCUCAUCACUGAAGCUGACACUGUCUCUCAAGAAUUGCUUGAUACCAUCCUCAUUAAUUUGAUUGAGCCAUACAAAUCACAGAAUAAAUUAGCAUAUAAUCUUGCAAAGGAUCUGUUGCGAAAAACCAGCUGUGCAGUAGAACCAUACAUUCAAACUUUUUUCAACAACUUGCUAAUGAUUGGCAAAACAUCUGAAAGUGAAGUCUCAGACCAUCUUUAUGAAUUAAUCUAUGAACUCAACAUGAUAUCUGGUACCAUGCUUCUGGCAGUAUUGCCUCAACUAGAAUUCAAAUUGAAAAGCAGUGAGGAAAUAGAAAGAAAAAAUGUAACUCGUCUUUUGGCGAAGAUGUUCUCAGACCCUGAGUCCGAACUAGCAACACAGCACCGUGUGCUUUGGAAUUGUUUUUUAGGAAGAUUCAAUGAUAUUAGUACCGGAGUAAGAACAGUCUGUGUUCAGUAUGCCCAACGUUUCAUUCUCCAUCAUUCAGAUUUAGUAAAAGAUAUAAUUGAACAACUGAAAAUUCGUCAGCAUGAUCCCGAAGAGACUGUUCGAAUGGAGGUUGUAUCAGCAGUUUUGAAUGCUGCAAAGAAAGAUUUCAAAAUGAUAACUGAUGAACUGUUGGCUUUCAUUAAAGAACGAACUCUAGACAAGAAGUUUAAGAUACGGCGAGAAGCAUUACUUGGACUAGCUCACCUGUACAAGACUUAUAUUAACCAAGAUCCUGACAACACGGCAAUUGCAAAGCGUCUUGCAUGGGUUAAGGAUAAAGUUUUUCACGCUUAUUAUCAGCACAGCCCUGAAGACAGGUUACUUGUUGAACGCAUUUUUAACACUUGUCUUGUACCCUAUACGCUGCCGACAUCGGAAAGAAUGAAACGGCUUCACAACUUGUAUACAUCUUUAGACGAACAUGCUCUGAAAGCAUUUAAUGAGUUGUUGAAGUACCAGCAUGGAGUCCGAGUUUGUGUGCUGCAGUGGAUUGAUGCUCUUGAGCAAAAUUUGCAGGGAUGCCCUGCUCCUGUGGUAGCCAAAUUAAUAGCUCUUGCCAGACAGUUACCUGAACCUAAUAAAGCUCAGGAACAUCUUAAAAAAUUCAAUCAUAUUUUGAGAGAAGAUAAACGUGUUCGCCAUUGUCUAAAAGCACUGGUCAGCUCAGACUGCACAUGCCGCAAGGCUGAAGAUGCUGUUAAAGAAAUAUUGCGAAAGGUUGGGAAUCCUGGCCAGCAAACUCCUUUCUACACAGCUGUGAAGUCUUUAUUAGAGCGUAUAGCCCCAGUCAUGAUUGAUGCAGAUGCUAUCAGUGCCUUGGUGAAGUACAACUGUGAUGUAAUUAGUGGCUUGAUAUAUGUUGAUGAUGGAGUUCUCGCAGCUGGUGAGAAAGGUUUGAAACUUCUUCUGGCUUUGUCCAGUGUCUUCCCACCCUGUUUUAACAGAGAGAGUGUUUUUGAAGAUUUAUUGACAUUCCUGAAAAAUGAAGAUGAGGUUAUAUCUGAUUUAACUCUUCAAAUAUUUGUGAACACUGGUUCCAAUUUGAAAAAAGACUGUCCAAAUAUAUAUUCAAGCCUGUUGCCAGUUCUUCAGACUACAGCCAAAAUGGGAAAUAUCAGACAAACAAAGCAUGCAAUCAAAUGUAUCAGUAUUGUGUACAAACAUGAAAAGGAAUCUAUUUUACAGCAGGUGUUUGAGCAUGUGAAGAAGUCCUUGAAUCCUGAGUCUGCUAAUUUCCUGACUUCCAUAGUGUCAAUGGGACAUAUUGCUCAAAUAUGUCCGGGAGAAUUUAGUACUGAAAUGAAAAAUGUCGUGUCCAAGUUAAUUGUUAAAGAUUUAUUGAUGCAAGAUCGAACCCAAGGUGUACAUGUUCAUGAUAGCUGGUAUGCAGAUCAUGCUAUUUCUGAAGAAACUCAAGCAAAAGUUUUGGCUAUGAAAAUGUUGGUUCGCUGGUUAUUGGGCUUACGGAAUAAUGCAGGAAAUUCAGCAACAUCUACUUUACGGCUACUUUAUACUGUGAUAAUCCAUGAGGGUGAUCUUAUGGAGAGAGGAAAGAUAAACAAACCUGAAUUAGCUCGUCUCCGGCUACAAGCAGGCUGUUGUAUGUUAAAGUUGGCAGAAGAACCCUGCUUUGCAGAGCUUAUUACCAGAGAACAGUUCCAGGCAUUAGCAUUGCUUAUUAAUGAUAGCUGUUAUCAAGUCCGUCUCCGGUUCGCUAUGAAAUUGAACAAAGGACUGCUAAGUCUUCGCUUACCUCUUGAAUAUAUGAGUAUCUUCUCUUUGGCAGCUAAUGACCCUGUCAAGGAACGACGAGCUCAGGUGAAGCAGUUCCUUUAUGCAAAUAUUAGCAAAAGGAGAGAAUAUCUCAAACAGCAUGCAACAGCAGGCUCUAAAAUCUUUUCCUUACUCCCAGAUUAUAUGCUGCCCUAUACAAUUCACCUGUUGGCUCACGACCCUGACCUCAAAUCACAUGAUCAUAUGCAAGCUUUGAACAUCAUUAAAGAAUGUCUUUGGUUUGUGAUGGAUCCCUUGAUGAGCCGGAGUGAAGACUAUAACUAUGCAUUCUUCAGACGGAUGAUUGAAGAUAUUAAACAGACUAAAGAUGCACAGGGCCCAGAGGAUGAUGAAAUGAAUAAGAAAUUAUAUGCUGUUUGUGACAUUGCUUUGGGAUUGAUGAUGACGAAGGUAUCAAAUGUUGUCCUGAAAGAUACGGUCAUGGAGCCUGUUCUUCCAAUAAAACUGUUCACCAAACCAGAUCAUAGUUAUAGCAAUACCAAGUUAUACCUCCCAAAGGACUUCAUCUUUGAUACAGGAAAGAAAAAAGUUGCCCCGACAACUCUAAUGAAUACAUCUGAGAAAGCUGUAACUGCUAAACCAUCUGUGCCGUUCACCACAACAGAAAUUAUUGUGACCUCCCCUAAACCUGUUGUAAAUCCUAACCCUACAUGCCCCCGAGAAUCAAAGAAAAAGAAGGAAAAAGAAAAUGAAGCAAAAGAAAGUACGUCUUCACAAAGUGACAAGAAAAUGAAGAGUGAGGAAUCAACUAGUGAACAGAAGGCUCGAACUAGCCGAGCUGUGAGACAGACAUCUGCUGCUGUCAAAAAAAAGGGUGCUUUAGUGAAAAAGGCUACACUUCAAGCUGGAAAGAAAAACAAAACCCCCAUAAAAUUAACAAAAGCUGUAGCCAAAUCUAAAAAGGCGACAGGUAUGCAGGCAAAAAUAACAGACUUUCGUUCGCCCAAGCGACAAACUUCUAAAAAUUCUCCUUUAAAAGUUUUAUCACCUACAAAACAGAUUUUGAAUGGCUCUACAAAAGGCACAACACGCCGAGCUGCACAAAACCGAUCGUCCAGUGCACCAACAAAUAACAAAGCUGAAAGUAGUACAAGAAAAAGAACAGCAGGAUCUCCUGAUGAAAAUAUCCCAGCAAAGAAGCGAGCAGCAAAUGAAAAAGAAUCUCGUAAAAAACCAAGUAGUAGUGUGAGUAAUGGUAGUGAGAAGGAAGAAACUUCUGCUGAAUCAACUUCAUCCAUCCAAUCAGCAAGCAAGGAAAAGGAGGUGGAAGAAGCUGAAAUUAAUCCCUAGAGAGCUUUGAAACUCUCUUUCAUGGAUAAUCCUUGGGAAUCCUGAUUGGUUCGACGGCGAACUCGACCCAGAAAGAAGUGAUUACAUCAUUUAAAAGCUGUACAAGAAGGCCAGAACUCAAUCCAUAACUUGAUACAAUUGUAUAAAAAACAGAAUGUUAGUAGCUCAUGAAAAUCUGAUGUUUAGUAUUUCAGUCAUUGCUCUAAUGCAGAAAUCUUUGAGCUCAGCUCUUGAAGGAAAGCUUUCAUUCUGAAAUGGGAUCAAAACAGGAAAACAUAUCACACGAUAUGCUAUUUUCUUUCUUUCUUAUGACAGUUUCUGUUAGGAAUUUUCCCAUCUGUACAGUAAAAGCAACUAAAUCAUCUUUGCAUUGCAAUGAUAGAGAAGAAAUUGGUCAGAAAUUGUGUUAAGAAUAAUACAAUCACAAUUUUAGUGUGAGUUUUAUGUUGGUGGUAUAACUGGCUUUUACAUUUUUAAGGGAUUCUAUUGUAUAGGUUUGUACAGAUAAGCGUGAUCCCUAAAAGUUAACUAAAACCAGAGCAUGAAUAUAAACAGAUCACACCAACUGUUAAAUAAAAAUUACAAUUUCUUAAAAAUUGUAAAAAAAAAAAAAAUAAUAAUAAUAAUAAAAUACUUAGGAAGGUUAAUUUGAGUUGGUGAUGGGGAGGGAGAGAUAAUUACAAAAAAAAAAAAAAAAAAAAACAAAUUUGAAGAGAAGAAAAUAUUUUCACUUGGCUAACAUGUAUUUCUGUGUCUACAUGUGUGUAGUUAAGUAUUGUUUCAGAACUUCAUUUCUCAAUCUCAUUCCUGGAAAAGUUGUUAAAAACAAACAAACAAACAAACCAAACAAAUAAAGAUCAUAAUAAUAUAAAAAAAAAAACAAAAGCAGUGUUGGCCAGUUUGUUGUGUGUUCUA